GUUGGUGCCCAGUCCCUCAGCCCCCAGCACCCUGUCUUCUGCCCCCAGGCCCAUCCACGGCUUCGCAGGAUGAGGCCACAGGUACCCUCGGCCCCUCCUGCCCUCUGGGGCCUAGGGCGCCUCGCCCUGCUCCUCUGGCUGUGGGUGUCAUGCACAGCCUGCCACAGGAAGCGGGCACAGAGGCAGCUGUCUGCGCUGCAGGGCAGUGUAAUGCCAGCAGAAGCGGUUCAGGGUGUCCCUGGGGCCAGCAGGGGACCGGCCAGCCUUCCUCGCCCCCACUCACUGCUGAGACCACCCCACCACUGCUCCCUCGGCAAGUUGGACACCAAACUGCACGAGCUGCACCGCAGCCGGCCCUGCAGCAGAGCCCCACGGCCUGCCAGCAGGGAUCUGCGCCCACAAUGGCUGGAGGCGUCCAGAGGCAAGACGACCAGGCCCCCGGCAGCCUUCGCACACCAGGAGCUGCCCCUGGCCACGCCCUCCACCGGCCCUGAGGCCACCUAUUCCAAUGUGGGGCUGGCUGCCAUCCCCAGGGCCGGGCUGGCAGUCACCUCUGGGGUGUGGGCAGGGGCACAGCUGACCAGCAGCUGUGCCAGGCCUGGUCCCGAGGCCAUACCCGUGGUGGCUGAGUAUGCGUGUGUCCAGAAGCUCAAGGGAACAGAUCGGGGCCCCCAAGGCCUGGAGCAGGGGAAAGUCGAGGCGACCCCAGCUGCUCAGGUGGACAUCCUGUAUUCCAGGGUCAGCAAGCCUAAAAGGAGGGACCCAGGACCUUCCACAGACCAGCCAGACCCCAAGGGUGGGGAAGCGAGUUUGGCUCUGGGGAGUGACCUGGCCUACGAGGUCCUCCCUCUCAGGGGCCUGGGCAUGGACAAGAGCCUCCUGGAAAACGUGUAUGACAGCAUCCAGGAGAUGGGGGCUCCUGGGUACCUGGAACCCCCCAGCUCCAACUCUUACCAGGAGAGGACAUGUGCAGGGCAUGGAGACCCCCUGCUUCCUGUCUAAGCCUGGGGAGGGGUCUUCAUCCCCUCUGCCCUGAACACCCAAGUACAGAUGAUCCUUCCUCCAGAGUGGGGUGCGACCUCAAUAAAGCCCCAGCUCAGGGAGCAUGAACACUA